AGAGUGGACUGAUGAUUAACUAAAAGAGCAAACAAACAAAUCUUUUGAUGCUAAAGAAAUUCAAAAAUGGGUUUCAAAGAUAAACAAGAAGAAUUUGUUUAUCUAAUGCCUUUGAAGAGGAAGAAACAACCACAUUCAUAUACAAUCAACACUGAAAUCAAUUACUAAGGAAGUUUAGAUGUCAAUACAUUUUCUAGUUCAAGUAAUUUCAAUAGAUAGUUUCAAGCCAAGCAUGAUUUUGUUCUCAAAUGCCACUUUCCUUAUUUGCUAUCAUGGACCAUAUAGCUCCAGAGAAAAUUUAUGGUGGUUGAAUAAGAGAGGAGGUUCGUACAAGCCUAGAAGGUGUAAACAUAAAUGAUGGUAUAGAUAGGGAAGAUUCAUAGAAGAUCAGGUUAAAAAAUCCCUAAAGAAAGCUCAAGAUCUCUCCAGUGAAGAAACAAAAACAAGAAGGAAGAGGAAUGGAUUCUGCAGAGAAGGGUCUGCUUGCAAAGAGCGACGAGGAAGAAGUCAAGAAGAAAGAUGGUUAUUUCCGGGAGAUGAAGAGGCUUGGUUACAUUGCUGGUCCGAUGGUUGCAGUAAACUUGUCUAUGGAUUUUCUUCAAGUGAUAUCUAUAGUGAUGAUUGGUCAUCUCGGUGACGGUGAGCUUUUCCUUUCUAGCACCGCCAUUGCUGUUUCUUUCUGCAGCGCCACCGGUUUCAGCCUUGUCUUUGGAUUGGCUAGUGCAAUGGAGACUUUAUGUGGCCAAGCUUAUGGAGCUAAACAGUAUGAGAAACUUGGAGUACAUACUUACACAACGAUUCUCUCUUUGUAUCUUGUGUGUAUUCCUUUGUCUGUGCUAUGGAGUUACAUGGGUGCUAUACUCUCUCUCAUUGGACAAGAUCCUCUGGUUGCUCAAGAAGCUGGGAAAUUUGCAACUUGGCUCAUACCUGCCCUCUUUGCUUACGCCACUUUACAGCCGCUUGUACAGUUUUUGCAAGCGCAGAGUCUGAUUUUUCCGUUGAUUAUAAGCUCACUCUCUGCUGUCUGUGUCCACGUUUCCCUCUGCUGGAGUUUGGUCUUUAAGUUUGGGCUUGGGAUCCGCGGUGCAGCUAUAGCGAUUGGGGUUUCUUACUGGGUAAACGUGGUUGUACUUGGAUUAUACAUGAAGUUUUCUUCCAGCUGUAGCAAGAGCCGUGCAACUAUCUCCAUGAGUGUGUUCAAAGGAAUGAAAGAGUUUUUCUGGCUUGGAAUCCCAUCUGCGUCGAUGAUUUGCCUCGAGUGGUGGUCAUUCGAAUUUUUGGUCCUGCUCUCUGGGAUUUUACCAAAUUCAACGCUAGAAACCUCUGUUCUCUCAGUGUGUCUAUCGACAAUAUCCUUUGCAUACCAUAUACCAGAGAGUCUCGGCGCAGCAGCAAGUACAAGAGUUGCAAACGAGUUAGGAGCUGGAAAUCCGAAACAAGCUCGGAUGGCGGUUUACACAGUGAUGGUUAUAGCAGGUGUAGAAUCAAUACUGGUGAGUGCAAUAGUCUUUGGUUCAAGAAAUGUAUUUGGUUACUUAUUCAGCUCAGAAACCGAAGUUGUGGAUUACGUAAGAUCAAUGGCCCCGCUGGUUUCUUUAUUAGUAAUAUUUGAUGCCCUCCACACGGUUCUUUCGGGUGUGGCUAGAGGAGCAGGGAGGCAAGAUAAAGGGGCUUAUGUAAACCUAGCAGCAUACUAUCUCUGUGGCACACCAACUGCUAUCAUAUUAGCCUUUGGGUUUAAAAUGAGAGGAAGAGGACUCUGGAUUGGGAUCACAGUUGGGUCCUUUGUUCAAGCUUUUUUGCUCGGUCUUAUCGUUAUGUUUACCAACUGGGAGCAAGAGGCGAAAAAUGCAAGAGAAAGACUGAUGGCUGAGGAGUUUGAAGAUGAAAAUAAGUGAAGAAGUACAUUAUUAAAAAUAAAAUAAAUAAGUGAAGAACAUGAUAAGCCAAAUCAAUUUCUUCAUUUAAAGCUUGUAAUCAGUAUGAGUUUGUUGGUGUUGUUGUUUUAUGAAACAAAACAAAAAUAAAAUUAAUGCAUAAUAUUAUUACAAGCGUACAACUAUGAUGAUUUAUGGGAAAGUGGAGGGAAAAUAAUAAUCCCGUUACCCGUUAGAAAAAUAUUUUAAUAAAAA